ACCUUUUGGAGUAAAAGAGGAAGAGGAGGCUAUCUCAAUUAAAGAGGAGGAGGAGGACGUUUUGGGAGUGAAAGAGGAGGAGACUGAAGAUCAGAUUAACCCCAGAGAGAGACACGACUAUCGUGGAUCCUCUGGGGAGCCUCAACAACAUCCUGAUGCUGACGAGUCAGAGAAGAGUCUCUACAGAUCAGAACACCAGAUGGACAAUGCUAGCACUUCCUCCCUCCCGGAGUCCCCGUGUCGUACCUCUCCCGGUAGCACCUUACUGCUGGGUAUGAAGAGGUUGUCUGUGCUGCUGGUGGACUGCAGGAAAACAACAGGGCUGAGUGGAACAGUAAGAGGUGGAGAAGAGAAGAAAGGAUCAGAUUUGACACAUCAAAGAGAGAGACCAGACUCGGAGGAACCAGAGCCAGGUAUGUCCAAACCAGCAAGACGACACCAGUGCUCCCAGUGUGGAAAGAGUUUUAACCAGAAAGGACACCUGAACCAACAUGAGAAAAUACACACAGGGGAGAAGCCUUACCACUGCUCCCAGUGUGGAACGGGUUGUAACGGGUUAAGGGACCUGAAACAACAUGAGAGGAUACACACAGGGGAGAAACCUUACCUCUGCUCCCAGUGUGGAAAUACUUUUACCCUGUUAUGUAACCUGAAAACACAUGAGAGAAUACACACAGGGGAGAAGCCUUACCACUGCUCUCAGUGUGGAAAGAGUUUUAACCAGAAAGGACACCUGAAGCAACAUGGGAGAAUACACACAUGGGAGAAGCCUUACCACUGUUCCCAGUUUGGAACCGGUUGUAACCAGUUAAGGGACCUGAAAGGACCUGAGAGAUUACACAAAGGUGAGAAGCCUUACCAUUGCUCCCGGUGUGGAAAGAGUUUUACAACGAUAGGGACACUGAAAAUUCACGAGAGAAUACAUACAGGAGAAAAGCCGUACCACUGCUCCCAGUGUGGAAAGAGUUUUACAACAUUAUGGAGCCUGAAAAUACACGAGAGAAUGCAUACAGGAGAAAAGCCGUACCACUGCUCCAAGUGUGGAAAGCGUUUUGCCCACUUAAGUAAUCAGAAAAAACAUGAGGGAAUACACACAGGGGAGAAGCCUUACCGCUGCUCCCAGUGUGGAAAGAGAUUUAGCGAGUUAGGAAGCCUGAUGUCUCAUGAGCGAAUACACACAGGGGAGAAGCCUUACAAAUGCUCAGACUGUGGGAAGACAUAUUACUCAUCACGGUCACUUAAAAGACAUGUGAGAGUCCACACAGGGGAGAAAACAUGAAUUGAAUAUGGAGUAUGUCAGUUUAAAUAAAGAGUAGAUCAGAUUCCUUGUGUUUAAA